CUUCGCGAUUCUCUCGGCGAGUCAUCGUCGCGCCGUUUCGCGCACGAGAAAUCGGGGGCAGUUCUGUGCGCCACGACGGAGGUUGAGCCCAUCUUUCGUCGGAAGCGUACAGCAUACCACCGGCAAGACGAAGCUCAAAAUGCCACUGGGCAAUCAUGCUGCCCUCACUCCGCUGGAAGACAUGUCCGCGGGACGAGGGCAGGCAGGUGGAGGGCCUCCACAGAACUGUCAAAAAGUCUUUAUACAACGUGAUUACAGCGAAGGUACAAUGGUCAAGUUCCAAACUCGGUUUCCGACAGAACUGGAAAGUAGAUUGGACCGACAGUUGUUCGAGUACACUAUCAAUCAACUGAACAACUAUUUCGUGGAAGCGGAGCGUGCCAGCUGUUCCACUUACUGCGAGAGCUGUUUGUACUGUCUCACAGGUUAUCUAAUAAGCAUAUGCACGGAAACGCACUACGAAAAGUGUCUGCGCAAGGUCGCGAAAUUCGUCAGUGAGCAGAACGAUCGUGUGUACAAGCCGCGCGGCCUCCUACUGACAGACCCAACGACCCGCGGCCUCAGGCUAAUAGAGAUCUCGGUACUGGACAGACCUGCGUCGUGACUGCAUAUUAGCCGAUCCAGAGAGUUCUUCAUGUGACCCUCCACGCAGCACUCCGGACAUUACCUCGCUAGAAUUACGGACAUGCGCGUGCUCAUAAGUGCUUGCCGACACGAUCACGGAGUAUACCGGCUAGUUUGAGCCAGUUUCGUAAGGCGCGGCAAUCCUGCAGCGCCUAAAGAAACCAAAUCUUCAUCAGAGAUGAGAUGAUAUCUGAAUCUGGGCCGCCAAACUGCUCAGGUGCAUCUUGCGGGUUUGAUCUUGCCGAAUGCGUGCGCGAUGGAGCCCGGAACUUUCUUGCUGUUGCUGGGUCGAGCCUCGUACUUAGUUCUAAAACAAAGUCAACGUAGAUUAGACUGAGAUUCGCCAGAAAAAAAGGGACGUGUACUGCGAGAGGAGGAGAAUGUACAUGCGGAAAUUUCGCUGUCGCCGUAGAUUCAUCUGUCAGUCGAUCUAGUUACGGUACAAGCUCACGGAAGGUUGGCCUAAUCGCGGCAAGGGAGUCCCGUGUCCGUUGACGUUCGCGAUGGUGACGCUCUCGAUCCUAAGUGGCAGCUUCUACAUUCGCGAGGAAGAGCGUGCGUCGAAGCGCGCGUGGAUGUCUAACGAAGCCGUGGUACUUGGUAAUAAGUUUCAAUUUUCUAUAUAUAUGCGUACAGAACAUAUAACAUACGAAAGUAUAUGAAAUAUGCGCGACGAAUCGAGGUGCGGAAAGAAGGGAGGAGACGAGCGUAGCUUCAUCGUUUGCAGUUUUUACCGAUGAACGAGGCGGUUCAGUUCUGUGCGGUACGAGUCGCUACGUUGAUUCGCCGCGUAUACGAUACACACGGGGUCUACAUAUUUUUUUACCGUUUAUUUACGACUUUGUCAUAUCAUCUGCAUUUAAUUAACGAGACGUGAGUGAAAUGCGUGUCUGCGUGAAUUAAUCUAACGAAGCUAACAUUCGAGUUUUUAGUGUCUUGGCGCGUAUUUUUUGGCGAUCGAGAGAACUAAAGGAGAGCUAAAUCAAUAACGUGUGUGGUGCAACUUGGAUUUACGUAAGUUUCGUUUUCAGUGAGUGCAUUCGACGAAUGAUUUUACGUUUCUUUCAUCUUCCGCGACGUAUCUUCCAUUGCGCUUGUGUUUCCACGCGCAAAAAACAAGCACCAAUUUUAUUUCGCAUACGUACGUACACCGGACGGGGGUGUCUUAUUCGUCGCGCGGGUAGAUGCCUCUCGAUAGCGAAGGCGAAUUGAUGAAUUCGAUUGAAAAAUCACUGGCGCAAACGAACUGCUCGUUGCGCUAAAGAAAUCUGUGGAUUGGCUAAAACAAAACUUGUAUAAAAGCGGUGAAUUAACAAAAAAAAGUAGAAUAUGUUUAAUCGAUCGGCAUUGUGAUCAAGGAUAAACCAAACACCAUUUGCGAUGCAGCGCGAGACUUUGCACGCCGCUUUAAUCGACUUUCCGAACCGAUACUCGAAUUCGACACCCGUUGAGGCGCCGUCGCCGCUAGUCUUAGUUUGCGAGUACUCGAUAUACCGCUCGCGACUACGUCAAACGUCUUCUAUUCCAUUCUUGUGAAUUAGUUAGUAAAUGACAAUGAUCUCAAACGAUACAACGACGUAACACCACAUCUAGUUUUUACUUUCUCUUAUGCACUUUGGGAGCCUAAGGUACCACCGCACCGCAAUUAAUAUUAACAGAAACAAUAUUUUUGGCGCAACUUCUUACUUUUCUCUUUCUCUUUCUCUCUCUUUCUGUAUCUCUGUCUCUCUGUCUCUCUUUCUUCCUCUUUUUUUACCAGGUACAUCUAAGCAAACGUCGAAUCAGAUUAUUUUCGAUAAAUUCGACUUCCGAUGCGAUGUAAAUUUUACGUGCUCAUCGGAAUAAAUAUAAUAUAUAAUAUAAUAAUAUAAAGAUUAACACAUUCGUAACCGGCAACUUAGUUUUACGUCAUUUCAAAAUCUAUAACUGAUUGCCGUUGACGUAGUUCUACGAUAUCUUUUUUCGUAUUUACAACGAGUUACGUACAUUUUACAAUGACUAAGAUUGCAUCUUUAGAUUGCUUUUUCAGUUUUAACAUUUCCAUAUUUAAAUUUUCAAUUUUUUCAACUUGCAUUUCUAACAUCUAAAUUUUUUUGACUGCGAAACAACAAGUAGUUAUAAGCUGAUAUGAUAAAACAAUAGUUUUUAUAUUCAUUCCCAUUUUAAUAGCAGAACCUUGCGGUGUUCAGCUACAGUUUUGGAAAUUGUAGGCGGCGUCCAGCUAAGGCUCUCGCGUCAGAACCGCCGGGCGCGAAUGUGUUAAUAUACACGAGUGGAUAAUAAUUUAUCGUGACUAUGGUCGGAAUUUGAGCUUACCGAAAUUGAUAUCGAUCGCGCUUGUUAAUUUAGCGCGUACUUUACCGCGGCAUCGCAUACAAUGGCGAACGAUCUCUCUCGUUCUUGGUCACAAUGUGCGUGGAGCCUGUCCGACGUUGUAAUGCGACGUUGAUGAAAGAAUCUUGCCAAAUAAGCGUGUCACUGCCUCGGUGUACGACUUUCUGGCACGAACGAGAAAGUCUCGUACGAGCUAGAGAACAUCGAAGAGAGAUGAUUGAAGGGAUCCCCGAUUUCCAGACGGAAGAGAUAUAUCCGGAAACGGGAAGCGAGAGGAAGGGAAUUUCCUAACUGUGGAAAGUUUUCGUUAACUAAUUCUUUUGGACGUCGCAAUAUUACGUGCAUUAGGCUCUGAUUGCAUGCAACACGCAUGUUUGCAUACGAUGUAUAUAUAGCGAAUUAAUCGUCGAACAUAAAAAGAAUAUAAAAGAAGCAGAAGGAAAUCGUUUGUUAUACUUAAUUUAAUUAGUAGGACCAAUAUUGGAUUGAUGAUUCGUAAUUGUAAAGGACACCAUCGUACGAGUGUAAUUUCUAAAUGUUUUAAUAAUAAAAAGCGAUGUAAAUGUA